AUGAUAAUUUCGGGCGCUUGCACAGCCCUCGUCGUGCUCGUCAUGUUCAGUCUAAUGUUCUGGCAUGCGAUUCACCUGAGCAAGCCCAGGGAACAAAUCAAAAUCAUGAAAAUAUGCAUUCUCCUGCCGCUAUACACAGUCACAUCAUUCCUCUCCAUAUGUUUCCCGCGCGCCUAUACAUUCUUAGCACCCUGGCUCGAAGUCUUCCAGGCAGUCGCGCUAGGCUCCUUCUUUCUACUUUUGUGCGAAUUUAUUUCAAAAGAUUCAGCUACAGAGAUAGAUAUCUUCUUCGUGGCCUUUGAAGCGCCGCAGAAAAAGGGAAAAUCGCAUAUAACUGGACUAGAAUGGUUCCGUAAACAAUGGAUCGCUAUCUUCCAAUACCCAAUCGUCGCUCUUGGCGUCGCGAUUACAACAGAUAUCACCCAAGCAGCGGGAAUCUACUGCUUAGAGAGCAACGAACCAUAUUUUGCGCAUCUUUGGUUAACCAUCAUCUCCAUCAUUUCCGUCGCGUUCGCUGUGAUGUCAGUGCUCAACUUCUACCGAGGACUAAGCCAAUGUCUAAGUGGACACAAGCCGCUCAGUAAACUCUUGGCCUUCAAGCUCAUUGUCGGACUAUCCUUCCUAGAAAGAAUAAUAUUCGCAAUCCUUCGCACAGCAAACACUCUCAACCCGACUGCAAAACUAAGCUACGCAGACGUGAACAUCGGAAUACCGAAUCUAAUAAUUUGUCUCCAAAUGGUCCCCUUUGCCCUCUUCUUCCCAUACGCAUAUAGUGUCUCGCCCUAUCUCAGCGUCGAUUCUUAUCAUCCCUAUCAUGGUGGGUUUUUAGGCGUCAAUGCCUGGAUCGGACUAUUCAAUCCGAUGGAGAUACUGCGCGCCACAGCGUUCGCUUUUGGAAUGGCGGCUGAAUUGAGGAAGGAUGGUGCUAUUGAACGUGCGGGAGAUACUGGAUACUACGCGCGUCAGGGUCAUGGAGGAAAUCCCUCACUUUAUGUUUCUCCUGGCCAGUCUCAUGCACGUGGCCCAGCUCAGGAGUUUCAGGGGGCCUAUGUGCCGCUUUUAGAUAAGGAUGGCCGUGGAACAUUCUGA